UGUUGGCGGCGUGGAGGUGCUGCUAUAAAUGCAGAUGCGCUUGCAAAUUGCAAUGCACUUUUAUUUGCAAUUUGGAAAUGUUCGCGUACGCAUACGUGAGGUAUCUGGAGGAUAAGCGAUGCGCCCUUGUCGAAGUCGGCGAUUUUCGCGACUUCGAAAAAUGGGGGGAGGACAUGGACGAAAAACACCUGAAGGCGACGGUGCACUGGGUGAAGUGGGUGUUUAAAGACGGCACUUCAGAAUAUUUUCCAGCCGAGAUUCUUCACCUAGGAGCAUCUGAAGCAGAAGUCCAAAAAAAGGUGAAGAGGGGACGCCUGAGAUUCAGGCGUGUAAUGCUUGAAGAUGAAGAAUGGGACUGUGAAGAGGAGCCACCACGAGAAAAAAAGCGCAAGAAACAAAAAGAAGCACCAAAAGAGGGCUUGCUGAAGCUUCUGGAAAAAAAGAAGCAGGCAAUGGAUGCUGGCAGCAGUCGCCAUGACUGUGACGGAAAAUGCUUGGCCGUAGAACAGCUUCAGCAAAUGAAGGAACUGGCGGACAGGCAGAAAGAUGAAAUUAGAAAAUUAAGGAAAUUGAACGAAGCCUUUCAACAGAAAGUCAUAACGCAAAUGGAAGAGUUCAUUCAAAAUGCAAAAGCCACAGUGUCUGUGACACAGCCUGCUGAAAUGGUGCCACCGACGACGCCACCACCGGUGCAGGGACACGCCGAUUUGAAUGGCAAGAUGCCCCUGUCGCACCUGCCCUUUGGAGCCCUGCUUCCAUGCCCCAAAAAACAUCCGAAGUCCCAGGCCCUGAACACAUGA